AGAGGACAAAAUGAUCCGAGUAUGGGAUUUGGAGACUGGCGAGGCAUUUGGUGCCCCACUCCAAGGCCACACUACCACUGUUUCGUCCGUCGCAAUCUCGUCGAUAAACCUCUCAUGCUGCUUGAUAUCAUGGAGAAAAAUGCUCCGCAGGCUGAAUUCGCAUUUUUAUCGGUGUGUUAUACCGCCGUCGGCGAUGUGAAGAGGCCUGACGAAGUCAUCCACCUUGCAGCUGGUCUACAAUUUUCGGGAUUCAAUAGUGUUACUGGCACUCUUUGGACGGUCGAUGACGCCGUCGCAAAACACGUUGUUGAGGUUUUCUAUCACAAUAUGUUCGAGGAUUUGGAGGAUGGUGACGUGGACUGCACGAAGGCGACCUUGGCGCUCAGCCAUGCUACGUGCGCCGUGAAGAAGAUAGUACCGCUCGAGCAGAGAAUCGUUUUGGCUCAUAUUGAUCAGAGCGAAGUGAGGUGCAAGAGGAAAUUUAGAGAAUGCGAGUGGAUCUGCACGGUUAACAUAACGAGAACCGAGAAAAGCAAAUCAUGUGCCUCAGACCGUACUUGAUGCCACCUUCCUCGUAGAAGACACAUACACCCGCGUUCACAGGCACUUUCUCGAGUUAACCACCGACGACUUUGCGAAC